UCGGUUAGUCAGUCGCUCGGUUAGUUAGUGGGGUGCCCCUUCCGGCUUUAAAUACUGAAAACCGUUCACGGGUUCAGUGCGAGGGGUUCCCCCGCAUUGCAAGUCACUUCGCCAUGUUCAAACCGAUCGUUUUCUUGUUUCUCCACGCGAUCUGCGACAUCGCUCUGACAACGCAAUGCGGAAAAGUGUGGUUGACAGUCUCUUCGUUAUGGAGGCCCAUUGCGGCUGGCAACAAGGUCGUCGAUGCGGAGCUCGAAGUGAAUUGGGAUCUCGAUUGCCCCCCAAACGUAGGAUAUCCUGAUACCAUCAAGGUGUUCACUGCUGAUCCAGCGCAUAACAAAACCAUCAAACCCCAGCUGACGUUGUUUAUCCUGGAACAAAUUCGAGGAUACUAUCGUACCAACAUCACCGUUGGUAGACCUUCAUUGUCAGGUGGUUGGGAUGCCACGGGUGGCGCCACGCUUCCCGGACCACAUUGUCUGAAACACUACGCAGCCCUCUACAAGGAUAACGUUAUAUUAACGAGCUCCUGCUUACAAAUCUGGCCCACAUGGAUGUACGAUUUAAGGAGACAACUUGGGAGACUUCCGAUCGGAACUUUAAUGAUUCCUGGAACACACAAUUCAGGCUGUUAUCAACAUGGCGAUUUGACACGACGCCAUGCAUUCGAACGUUAUUUAUUAACUCAGGAUCGCGACGUGUGGACUCAGCUUGUUCAUGGAAUACGAUACUUGGAUAUUAGGGUGGGAUAUUACUAUUCGAUGGCUAAUAACACCACAUUCGACGAAGAAGUCAGUCAGGUUAACCGGUUUUGGGUUAAUCACGACGUCAUUAGAGUAACUCCUCUAAUGACGAUCAUAAAAGACGUGAGAAAUUUUCUAGAUGUGGCUAGAGGCGAGGUUGUAAUCCUGGACUUUCACAGAUUUCCAGUAGGAUUCGAAGGAAGACCCAGUAGUCACAGACGACUCGUAUCUAUUCUUCAUCGUGAAUUCGGGGGUCUUAUUUUAAAGCCUGACAAAGGAGUAGAAGGUUUGGGACCAACGUUAAACGAUAUCUGGAACAGCGGUAGACGAUUAAUAAUCUGUUACGGAGACAAACAUACGGCGAACGAGUACGAUUGGUUGUGGCCACCAAUGACGCAGGCAUGGGGUAAUCAGCAAACUGUAGAAGGACUUUUUAAAUAUAUGGACGAAACUAUCACGGGACAUAAACGAUCACGAAACAGUCAGAAUCCAUUAUGGGCAGUAAUGGCGGAAUUGACGCCGGUACCGUUAGACAUGUUAUUCGAAUGGACCGGCGGACUUCGUCAGAUGGCGGAUUCUAUGAAUAGAAACUUGACGGCACUUUUUCAAGAUGAAUGGUGGAAGCAGACAAAUAUUGUUGCUACUGACUUUUUCUUGGGAAAUAAUCUCAUAGAUAUAUCUAUACAAUCAAACAUUAAGAAAAGUAAUAUUGCCCAAUGGCGUCUUUAAAGAUGAUAUCAUUUAUUUGAAUUAGUACGUAUAAGUAUACAAUUCGUUUACCUUAGUACUUUUCAUAAUUUAUAUUUUUUAACAGAUGAGUCUUGUGAAUUAUUAUACGUUGAACUGUCGUAUACAAAGUUUGCAUUCCAUGCGAUAGAUACAGUAUCACAUAAAAUAAUAUUUUAUAAUUCAAAGAAAUAUUUCGUUAUCGAAUUUAGUUAAUGGGUAAACAUAUUUUUGCCACUCGAUAUCAAAAUAAACCUAUAUGAAACUGUUUACAUUAUAAUGGAUAUCGAAUCGAUUAAGUUAAAAUAAAUGAACUAGGUAAUUAAACGAAUGUAAUAUAUUAUACUUACUACUAUGUAUUACAUGGGUCUAUGAAUUUAUCAUGUCGAACGAAAUAAACAUCUUUGCUUUUAGAGUAAUA